GGAAAACAUGUCAGAUGUUACAGCUUGACCAUCCAGCAGAAGCCACAAGAUGAAGCUAAAAUGCUUUGUGUGAAAAUUCAAUAAACCGACAAUAAACCGAGGAGUAUUUCAUAUCCAAUAUCAUACGAAAUAUCACAAUAUGUUGUGGUCCGUUCAACUCUUUCUGCUUUUUGGCUCCAUAACUGUCACCAGUGGAAUCAGAUUGGUCAAUGGAGACUCUUGUUCUGGACGAGUGGAGGUUCUUCAUGACGGUCAGUGGGGAACCGUGUGUGAUGAUGACUGGGAUCUAACAGACGCUGCAGUGGUGUGUAGAGAGAUGGGCUGUGGGAACGCUAUAGAGGCAAAGAGUGCUGCUUAUUUUGGACAAGGAUCAGGACCAAUAUUGUUAGAUGAUGUAAAUUGCGCUGGCACUGAAUCCUCACUGAUGAACUGCAGGACAAAUGGAUGGGGCAUCAAUGACUGUGGACAUCAUGAAGAUGCUGGAGUCAUCUGCAACACUGUUCGGUUGGUGAAUGGCAUCAACUCUUGUUCUGGACGAGUGGAGGUUCUUCACAAUGGAAUAUGGGGAACAGUGUGUGAUGACGGCUGGGAUCUAACAGACGCUGCAGUGGUGUGUAGAGAGACGGGCUGUGGAGAUGUGAUCGAGGCCAAGAGUCAAGCUUAUUUUGGACCAGGAUCAGGACAGAUAUGGAUGGAUGAUGUACUAUGUACUGGAAAUGAAUUUACUCUGAAAAGCUGUUCUUCAAAUGCAUGGGGAAUACACAACUGUAACCAUCAAGAAGAUGCUGGAGUCAUCUGUCUGACUGUCAGGUUGGUGAAUGGAGAUGACAAGUGUUCUGGACGAGUGGAGGUUCUCCGUGGAGAUCAGUGGGGAACAGUGUGUGAUGAUGGCUGGGAUCUAACAGACGCUGCAGUGGUGUGUAGAGAACUGGGCUGUGGGAAGGUGAUCGAAGCUAAGAUUGAAGCUUUUUUUGGACAAGGAACGGGACCAAUGUGGAUGGAUGAUGUAAAUUGUGCUGGCACUGAAUCCUCACUGAUGAACUGCAGGACGAGCGGAAUAAAUGACUGCAGCCAUUUUGAAGAUGCUGGAGUCAUCUGCAGCUCUGUCAGGUUAGUGAAUGGCAAUGACAUUUGUUCUGGACGAGUGGAGGUUCUUCAUAAUGGAACAUGGGGAACCGUGUGUGAUGACGGCUGGGAUCUAACAGACGCUGCAGUGGUGUGUAGAGAGACGGGAUGUGGAGAUGCUACAGAGGCAAAGAGCGCUGCUUAUUUUGGACCAGGAUCAGGACAGAUAUGGAUGGAUGAUGUACAGUGUAUAGGAAAUGAAUCCAAACUGAAAAACUGUUCUUCAAACGGAUGGGGAAUAAACAACUGUAGCCAUCAACAAGAUGCUGGAGUCACUUGUAAAAGUAAUUAAGAUGAUACUUUUAUACCUAAAAUAAUUAUUAAAAAACAUUUAAU